AUGGCCGCUAGCCCAGCGCCCCGUGGCUGGCGCCCCCGCGCGCAGAGGCCGCACCUCCGCAAGAUGGAGCGGAUGGUCGUGAGGAUGCAGGACCCUGACCAGGGAGUGCGGACGCGGAGCCAGCGUCUGCUCAUCACUGUCAUCCCGCACGCGGUGACGGGCGGCGACAUCGUGGAGUGGCUGGUCCGGAAGUUGUGCAUCUCGGAGGAGGAGGCGCUACACCUGGGCAGCCUGCUGGCGCAGCACGGCUACAUAUACCCGCUGCGCGAGCCCCGCAGCCUGGCGCUCCGGCCGGACGAGACGCCCUACAGGUUCCAGACACCCUACUUCUGGACCAGCACUCUGUGGCCAGCUGCCGAGUUGGACUAUGCCAUCUACUUGACCAAGAAGAACAUACAAAGGCAGGGAGCCCUGGUCACCCAUGAGAAGGAGCACUAUGACCAGUUGCAUAAGAAGAUCAACCACACCUGGGACCUGGUAGUGAUGCAGGCUCGGGAACAGCUACGGGCUGCUAAGCAGCGCAGGAAAGGGGACAGGCUGGUCAUUGCAUGCCAGGAGCAGACAUACUGGCUGGUGAACAGACCCCCGCCUGGGGUCCCCAAUGUGCUGGAGCAGGGCCCAGAGAGGGGCUCCAACAAUGCCAAUCAGGUGCAGAUGUCACAGAGCUUGGAUUUCUACAAGCGAGAGAUAGAGUGGUCGAGGAAAGCGCUGGGCCGGACCCGGGUGAAGUCCUCCAUCUGCCUUGAGGCGUUCCUGACAUUCAGCCACCAGCGAGGCCCACAUGACCCUAUCCUGGCAGGAUGUCUGCCCAGCAACCCCUGGGUCACAGAUGACGAUGCCUACUGGGCCAUGAAUGCACCCAUGGUAGCUGUGCCCACAAAGCUCCGUGUGGAGCGGUGGGGCUUUAGCUUCCGGGAGCUCCUGGAUGACCCCAUGGGGCGGGCCCACUUCAUGGACUUUCUACAGAAGGAGUUCAGUGCGGAAAACCUCAGCUUCUGGGAGGCAUGUGAGGAGCUGCGCUUUGGAGGGCAGGCCCAGAUCCCCACUCUGGUGGACACUGUGUACCAGCAGUUCCUGGCCCCAGGCGCUGCCCACUGGGUCAACAUCGACAGCAGGACGAUGGAGCGAACACUGGAGGGGCUGCAUCAGCCCCAUCGCUACGUCCUGGACGAUGCACAACUGCACAUCUACAUGCUCAUGAAGAAGGACUCCUACCCGAGGUUCAUGAAGUCUGACAUGUACCAGGGCCUACUGGCAGAAGGUGUGAUUCCACUGGAAACAAAGAGACGGGUAUUCCCAUUCAUGCGGAAGCCUCGGCUCUCGAGCCCCAGCCCUGCUCUGCCACCCACCUCUGGGGAGCCCUCAGCAGCUGGAAGCGCUGCAGGUGGUGACGAGGAGAGCUAG